UUUGCACCAAUUGGUGGCUCCCUGUUUGGGAAGCAGCAACAGUAUGCAAAGUAUACAGGAGCACUAACAGUCAAGAAAGUAGACAGAGUAUACAAGAGCAGUAACAAAGUAUACAGAGCAUACAGAUGCAGUAACAGAGUAUACGGAAGCAGCGACAGUAUACGAAGUAUACAGGAGCACCAACAGUCAAUAAAGUAGACAGAGUAUACAAGAGCAGUGGCAGAGUAUACAGAGUAUACAACAUAAAGAAGCAGAGCAUGGCGCGAUACACAGCUCCUGCAACAAACCGACAGGAUAAUCCUCCAUAACCUGCAGAGAUCAGAAUGCUGGGAGUCGGCAGAACAGCUGAUCAUCAGAGCAGCUGAAGUGAUCUACAAGAAAGAGACAAAGCAGGACGUGGAAUGGAGCGCUUUGUUCUAGAGGAGAUAAGGUGUAAGCUGUCAGCUAUAGAUGUAGAAUCGAUGACUGGAAAAGUCUUUUUCAAAGGGAAUCCUGACUUGUGCUCCUUAAGAAAAGUUAAGUCUGCUGAGAGAAUAUUUUUGCUCCUUUAUAAAGGACCCCCCCUAACUGAAUAUAAAGGUAAUGCCUUGUUAUUUACUUUGCAAAAACUUGUCACUGGAGAACCUAAAGUGUGGCUGGAUACAUUUCAAAUAUGGAAAACAUUUCAGGAGCAGAUAAAUAAGCAAGGACAUUUCCACGGACAAGAAAAAGUUUUAAAGAGAAAAUUGGAUGAUGAUUCAAGUAAAUCUAAGUCAAAAACAUGCAAAGAGGAGAUUGAAGUAGGUGAAGAACCCUUAUGUCAAGUCCAGGCAACCAUCGAUACCGCAACCCCGCUGCUCCUUCAGAAAUUGCCGGUUAAGGUUACAGAACAUUCGGCACAUAAUAUUUCUGAACCUAUCACUUUUAGAGUUUCUUGUCGAUGUUCUGGGGUGUAUACAAAGACAAUGACCGCACAGGACAUUGGUCGCGUUAUUGGAGCAUCACUUUCAAAACAGUUUGGUUGGAAACCUGAUCUGCGACAACCUAUGCUUGAGGUCUUUGUGCAUCUGAAUGACAUGUACUCUGUGGUGGGAUUUCCAAUUUUAAGACAACCCUUGUCAAAUAGAGAUUAUAUUCAGAGUACAGGAUUGCGUGCCACAACAGCAUGGGCAAUGGCAUCAGUUGCAGAAAUCAGUGCUGCAAAAUAUGUCCUUGAUCCUAUGUGCGGUGUCGGAACAAUUUUGUUGGAGGCUGCCAUGGAAUGGCCGCAUACUAGUUUCCUCGGCAUUGACAAAAGUGAAGUACAACUGAAACAUGCACUUGACAAUGUGAAGAAAGCGGGUGUGAUGAACUCUGUAGCAUUCCUGAAGGGUUCUGUGCUGGAUCUUCCAGUCCUCUCGGAGAGCAUGGAUGUUAUCAUCUCAGAUAUACCAUUUGGAAAAAAGUUCACAUGUUCCAAAGAUAUGAAGGAGCUCCUGCCUGAUAUCAUUCGCCAAAUGGAAAGAGUCCUGUGUAUUGGAGGUGUUCUUGUAUUAUUACUCAGCCAAAAGCUUCACUAUCACCUGAAAACAAAUUUUCAUUUCAAGUCUAAUGAAGACAAAAACCUGCAAUGUCAUGUAUCGGACUCUGUGUCACAAUGCAGAAGUGACAAUUUAAAGGUGGCAGGACAUAUUACACUGAAAAAAUUAGAUUUUACAUGUUUAACUCAUAUUGAGUCUCAUUCAGUAAGCCUCGGAGUCACUGAAGCUGUAAUCUUUAAAUGUAAAAAGACUUCAAAUUCCAUUUUUUUCUAAUACAGAUGUGGAAUCUGGGUUGCCUUGCGGGGCUCGCCAGAUGUCCGGGAAAAAAUCCGACUUGAUGGCUUCGUAGGCGAUCGCCCGAGGAUGACACUGAGCCAGUUGCAAUUUUUGAGGCUUUAUUUCGUGAAUAAACAAAGUGUUUCAAGGGGGCACCCCUCUUCGUCAGGUUUAAGAUAAACCUGAUGAAGAGGGGUGCCCCCUCGAAACGCAUUGCCUCCCUUGAAGACCACUUAUUGUGCAAUUUUGGGUAGUUUUUCAAGGAGGUUUAACUGUGUUUUUUAUUUUUUUUACACUUUUCUUAUUGUAACUGUUCUUACAUAUUUAUGUUCAAUUUUUACCUAUAUUAAAAGUUUUUUCAGAGUU